CGGCGGGCGGCGCCGGGGCGCGGAGGCGGGGGACGUGGCGAGGGAGGGUCCGCCAGUUUUGCUGUAUGUGUUGGUCGUUCCUUGAAGGAUCUCUGCGUUAAGGAUUAAAGCAGCAGUUUUUGCUGAAAAUGGACCGUUUAAGCUCCUUUAGCAAUGAUCCCUCUGAUAAGCCACCCUGCCGAGGCUGCUCCUCCUACCUCAUGGAGCCUUAUAUCAAGUGCGCUGAAUGUGGGCCACCUCCUUUUUUCCUCUGCUUGCAGUGUUUCACUCGAGGAUUUGAGUACAAGAAACAUCAAAGUGACCACACUUAUGAAAUAAUGACCUCGGAUUUUCCUGUUCUUGACCCCUGCUGGACUGCUCAAGAAGAGAUGGCCCUUUUAGAAGCUGUGAUGGACUGUGGCUUUGGAAAUUGGCAAGAUGUGGCUAAUCAGAUGUGUACCAAGACCAAGGAGGAGUGUGAGAAGCACUAUAUGAAGCAUUUCAUCAAUAACCCUCUGUUCGCGUCUACCCUGCUCAACUUGAAGCAAGCAGAGGAGGCAAAAACUGCUGACACCGCCAUCCCGUUCCAGUCUACAGAUGACCCUCCCCGACCUGCCUUUGACUCUCUGCUCUCCCGGGACAUGGCGGGGUACAUGCCGGCCCGAGCAGACUUUGUGGAGGAAUUUGACAAUUAUGCAGAAUGGGACCUGAGAGACAUUGAUUUUGUUGAAGAUGACUCGGACAUUUUACAUGCUCUGAAGAUGGCUGUAGUAGAUAUCUAUCAUUCCCGGUUAAAGGAGAGACAGAGGCGGAAAAAAAUUAUUCGAGACCAUGGAUUGAUCAACCUUAGAAAGUUUCAGUUAAUGGAACGGCGGUAUCCCAAAGAGGUUCAAGAACUUUAUGAAACUAUGAGGCGAUUUGCAAGGAUUGUGGGUCCAGUGGAACAUGACAAAUUCAUUGAAAGCCAUGCAUUGGAAUUUGAACUCCGAAGAGAAAUCAAGAGACUCCAGGAAUACCGGACCGCGGGCAUCACCAAUUUCUGCAGUGCCAGGACUUAUGAUCAUCUGAAGAAGACGCGUGAGGAGGAGCGUCUCAAGCGCACCAUGCUCUCCGAGGUCCUUCAGUACAUCCAGGACAGCAGCGCCUGUCAGCAGUGGCUGCGCCGCCAAGCCGACAUUGAUUCCGGUCUGAAUCCUUCCCUUCCGAUGACUUCUAAUUCAGGUCGACGAAGUGCGCCGCCUCUGAACCUCACUGGCCUUCCUGGCACAGAGAAGCUGAAUGACAAAGAAAAGGAGCUCUGUCAGAUGGUGAGGUUGGUCCCAGGAGCCUACUUAGAAUAUAAAUCUGCUCUCUUGAAUGAGUGUAGCAAGCAAGGAGGCUUGAGACUGGCCCAAGCGAGAGCACUCAUUAAGAUAGAUGUGAACAAGACCCGGAAAAUCUAUGACUUCCUCAUCCGAGAAGGCUACAUCACUAAAGCCUGAGGCCCGAAAGGCCUGGCAUCAGAAGCCCAAGUUCAGCGCAGCAGGCCACGGUCCAACACGGGGCCUUUCGGGAGAGCUGUUUCGAGCUGAAUUCUCAUCUCAUUCUGAAAAGAGGGGCAAAGGACAAAGGAAGCCUCCGGUUGUAUUGAUGUCUCCUUUCUUCUCCAGCCUGCUUUAACACACUCCCGUUGCUGGCAUUGUGCUGCAGAGUUCUGUUCUAGAUAAGCUAUUAUUAAAUGUGAGUGGGCAUUCAUUCCCAACACCUCUUGUAACUAAAGCAAGAACCCUGGUACCUCCCAUCUCAGUGUCGGCAGAAAUAGAUCUGAACCUCAGGACUUAGUCCCAGGAGCCCAGCUCAGAUGCUGGGACUUAGAAGGUUGGUUUUGGGCUCGCUCUGCCUUCAGACAUCACAGAGGGGUUUAAGAAAUAGAGAGAAAGGUUUAUAGAGCACGAGAAAGCUUUCUCUUUCCCCUCCCUCCCCCCACCCUCUCCCCCAAACCAACAACUUGGUUACAAGCAAAGGAGAGGAGAAUCUUCCCGAGAUGGUCUGGUCCAAAGCGGCGUCUCUAACUUUUAAUGUGUGCUUUAUACUUUCACAGUCUGAUUGUCUCAGCUGCAAUAGACUUUUGAGGAGGUGGCGGCACCGGAUGUAAAAUGUCUCUUAUUUUUAGAAUUAAUGGAUUAAAAUGUUUUGCUAUU